CUUCAUAAGUGAAAACAAAAUAAAGCAGCAUGGUAAAAAAUAAACAAACCGUGAAAAAAAUAAGUUCAUCGAAAUGGAAGCCUGUAGAGAUAUCUGGAAACCUUAUAGGUGAAGCUGGAGAUUUUGAUGGUUUUGCUGGUUUAGAAGUCUUGGAGAAUUAUGAUUCGUCUUUCUUGCGAAAUUCAAAACAAAAUCUGGAGUUUUCAUCAAGUGAAUUAGAUGGAGACGUUUUUGAUAUUCGUAAGAGAAAGCACGAUUCUGAUGAUGAAGAAAUAACUCUCGAAAAGGCACCGCCAAAGAAAAAAGCGAACAAGAAGAAACAUGCUGAAGAAAUCAAUGACAAUGAACAUUUUCCUGGAAAGUUUGUUCUUCUUAAGCCUUCAAAUGAAGAAAACGUUGAAGAGAACUCUGAAAUUAGAAAUGUCUGGAAUGAAAUUGGAGUUUUAUCUGAUGAAAUAAUAAAAUCUCUUACCGAAAUGAACUUCACAAAUCCCACAGAGAUUCAACGAGUUUCAAUUCCGGUUUCUGUUUAUGGUAAAUGUGAUAUUCUCGGUGCAGCACCAACAGGAAGUGGUAAAACUUUAGCAUUUGGGAUUCCAAUAGUUCAAAGUAUACAAAGGAUUCUUAGUGACAAUGAAGAGGAAUCUGAUGAACUUUUCUCUAUUAUCUUAACUCCAACUCGUGAGCUGGCUCAACAAAUUCACAAACACUUGAAAGCAAUUGCGAAAUACACAAACGUUACAAUUGCUUGUAUUAUUGGAGGAUUAGCAACAGUGAAACAAGAACGAAUUUUAAAAUCAAAUCCUCACAUUGUGAUUGGAACACCUGGACGAGUUUGGGAAUUGAUUCAAGAUGGAAAUGAACAUUUACAGAAAUUGAAGACGUUGAAAUAUUUUGUAGUUGAUGAAACUGACAGAAUGAUUGAAAAAGGUCAUUUUGCAGAACUUCAAGAAAUUCUACAAAUGCUUAAUUCUUCUGAUGACACACAAAAGCGACAAAAUUUUGUUUUCUCUGCAACUCUCACAAUGGUCCAUGAACUUCCUGAAUAUUUGAGAAAGAAGAAAAAACAAAAAUCAUUGAAAGCUUCGAAAGAUCAACGUUUGAAUGACUUCAUUUCAAUGUUUGGGAUGAAGAACCCGAAAGUUUUUGAUAUUUCGAGUCAAAGUGGAGUCGCUGAAAAGCUUUUUGAAGCGAGAAUUUUGUGUUCUUUGGAUGAGAAAGAUUUUUAUCUUUAUUAUAUUCUCGUAAAUUAUCCUGGUCGAACGAUUGUGUUUUGUAACUCAAUUGAGUGUGUCAAAAGAAAUUCUUCAGUUCUUUCACAUCUUAACAUCACGCCAAUUGUUUUACAUGGAAAAAUGGAACAAAAACAUCGACUUAAAAGUCUUGAAAAGUUUCAAAAGGAUGAAAAUAGCAUUUUGUUGUCGACUCAAGUCGCAGCAAGAGGUUUGGACAUUCCAAACAUUCAACACGUCAUUCAUUACCAAGUGCCAACAACAGGCGAAGAUUAUGUCCAUCGAUCGGGACGAACAGCUCGUGCUGAUAAAGAAGGAUUAUCAAUACUUUUAAUUGAACCUGGUGAAGUGAAAUUCUUCGUGAAACUUCAGAAAACUCUUGGGAGAAAUGAAGAUUUGCCAAUUUUCCCAAUCGACCCAAGAAUCAUGAAAAAUGUCCGCGAUAGAGUUCGUCUUGCUAGAGAAAUUGAAGCACUUGACUUACAAGUUCGUCGUCAAAAUGACAACAGAAACUGGAAGAAAAAAGCAGCUGACGAUAUUGGAAUUCUUGAUGAUUCUGAUGACGAUUCUGAAAGUGAAUUAAGAACCAACCAGUUUCAAAAGCAAUCGAAUUUAAUGAUGAAACAAAAAAAAUUGGCACUAGGAAAGUUAUUGGCAAUGGAGAUAGUUCCAAACAACAUUGAAAGCUUAAAGUUUCCAAUAAGCUCUUCUAAUGACUUGGUGAAGUUUGAAACAAAUUCAAUUGAAACUGUCAAGAGUUUAUUAUCAUCGGAAAAGCAGAAGAAGAAAAAUGGUGGAAUUAAAUUAUUUAGAAAGAAGAAACAUUAAAUUAACGUGACACUGAACAACGAUGAACCUGUUUAAAAAAUCAUUUCAAAUAAAAUUUCCAAUUUUAAACGAAGAUUAAAACAAACAAUUUUC